AUAUUGUAUUAUGUGCUAACAUAGAAUAUCAAUGGAUAAUAUUUAUAUUGUAUUAUGUGCUAACAUAGAAUAUCAAGGGAUAAUAUUUAUAUUGUAUUAUGUGCUAACAUAUAAUAUUAUGGAAAGUGAUAUAUAUAUCUGUGAUAUAUAUAUAUUGUGGUAACACAGAAUAUCAUGUGAAAUGACGUUUUUUACGUUAUGUAAUCUGCUAACACAGAUGGCAAGGAAAGUCACGUUAAUUAUGUUAAAUAAUCUAUAACAACUGCAGGUGGUCAAUGGCCAGUCAAAAGAUCUGAGUAGUCCAAAUUCCCAAAAUAAAAUGUACUUUAAAGGAGGAUUGUUUAGAUUUUAAACCAAAAGGCCGUUUACAGUUUCCAUUUCUGUCUACUAAGUAUUUACUGAUUAAGUUGCUGAUAGCCAAUGUUAGAUAACAACAUAUACCCAAGUUUCAGGACUCUUUUGUAAUGUUUUUUUUAUUUUCUUUCAUCAAAGCUAGUUUGGUGCCCAUGACCUAGCUAGUCAAAAGUUAACCAUAAAAAAGGCGGCAAUUAUCUUACCAGUUGUUCUUCUCCCUAUGUUAAUUUGAUUCAUCUGUUGUGGAAGUUAUUAAACCAAAAUGUCAGGGUUGCAUUUAAAUUAAAUCAGUAUAAAUGUUUGAAGUUUGUGGAAUAGCAGGUUUUAAUAGACAAGCUGGGGAAAUGUUUGAAGUUCGUGGAAUAGCAUGUUUUAAUAGACAAGCUGGGGAAAUGUUUGAAGUUCGUGGAAUAGCAUGUUUUAAUAGACAAGCUGGGGAAAUGUUUGAAGUUCGUGGAAUAGCAUGUUUUAAUAGACAAGCUGGGGAAAUGUUUGAAGUUCAUGGUAUAGCAUGUUUUAAUAGACAAGCUGGGGAAAUGUUUGAAGUUUAUGGAAUAGCAUGUUUUAAUAGACAAGCUGGGGAAAUGUUUGAAGUUCAUGGUAUAGCAUGUUUUAAUAGACAAGCCGGGGAAAUGUUUGAAGUUCAUGGUAUAGCAUGUUUUAAUAGACAAGCUGGGGAAAUGUUUGAAGUUCAUGUACUAAGUACUGUUACUUUUCCAGGUGUCCACAGCCUAAAUUUAUAGGAAGAUUAAUGGAUGCUUUAUACAGAGGUAGGUGAAAGAUAGUCCAUACAA